AUUGGGCGACGGGCCUCUGACGCGCGCUGACGCGCGGAGACUUUAGGUGCAUGUUGGCAGCGGCAGCGCGAGCCACAUAAACAAAGGCACAUUGGACGCCAGGGCCAGUCCUCCAGGAGGCUCGCGCAAAGCUCCGCGGUCCUGCUCGCCAGUCCAGCCGGCCGCCUUCCCCUGCUCCCUCCAGGCUCUCGGCGUCUCCGCACCCUUCGCCCCUCUCGCCCACCCUCCCGGACCUUGCGCCCGGAGUACCAGAGGGAACUACACUUCGGCGGAGUUGAAUGAAUGAAGAAAGAAGUGGAGAACUCCUAAAUGAGGAGGAGAUCUGACAGGCUGGACUCCCCAUUGCUUUUCUAAAAUCUUGGAAACUUUAGCCUUCAUUGAAUUACGACACUGUCCACCUUUAAUUCCCUUGAAAACGCCUGUAAUUCGGCUGAAGCCAUGCCUUGUGUUCAGGCGCAGUAUGGGUCCUCGCCUCAAGGAGCCAGCCCCGCUUCUCAGAGCUACAGUUACCACUCUUCGGGAGAAUACAGCUCCGAUUUCUUAACUCCAGAGUUUGUCAAGUUUAGCAUGGACCUCACCAACACUGAAAUCACUGCCACCACUUCUCUCCCCAGCUUCAGUACCUUUAUGGACAACUACAGCACAGGCUACGACGUCAAGCCACCUUGCUUGUACCAAAUGCCCCUGUCCGGACAGCAGUCUUCCAUUAAAGUAGAAGACAUUCAGAUGCACAACUACCAGCAACACAGCCACCUGCCCCCCCAGUCCGAGGAGAUGAUGCCGCACUCCGGGUCGGUUUACUACAAGCCCUCCUCGCCCCCAACGUCCACCACCCCGGGCUUCCAGGUUCAGCACAGCCCCAUGUGGGAUGACCCAGGCUCCCUCCACAACUUCCACCAGAACUACGUGGCUACCACGCACAUGAUCGAGCAGAGGAAAACGCCUGUCUCCCGCCUCUCCCUCUUCUCCUUUAAGCAGUCGCCCCCCGGUACCCCUGUGUCUAGCUGCCAGAUGCGCUUCGACGGGCCCCUGCACGUCCCCAUGAACCCGGAGCCGGCGGGCAGCCACCACGUUGUGGACGGGCAGACCUUUGCUGUGCCCAACCCCAUCCGGAAGCCCGCGUCCAUGGGCUUCCCGGGUCUGCAGAUUGGCCACGCCUCGCAGCUGCUCGACACACAGGUGCCCUCGCCGCCGUCGCGGGGCUCCCCCUCCAACGAGGGGCUGUGCGCUGUCUGCGGCGACAACGCGGCCUGCCAGCACUACGGAGUGCGCACCUGUGAGGGCUGCAAAGGUUUCUUUAAGCGCACGGUACAAAAAAAUGCGAAAUACGUUUGUUUAGCAAAUAAAAACUGCCCAGUGGACAAGCGGCGUCGCAAUCGCUGUCAGUACUGCCGAUUUCAGAAGUGCCUGGCUGUCGGGAUGGUCAAAGAAGUGGUUCGAACGGACAGUUUAAAAGGUCGGAGAGGUCGUUUACCCUCGAAACCGAAGAGCCCACAGGAUCCCUCUCCCCCCUCGCCCCCGGUGAGUCUGAUCAGCGCCCUCGUCAGGGCCCAUGUCGACUCCAACCCGGCUAUGACCAGCCUGGACUAUUCCAGGUUCCAGGCGAACCCUGACUAUCAGAUGAGUGGAGAUGACACCCAGCAUAUCCAACAAUUCUAUGAUCUCCUGACUGGCUCCAUGGAGAUCAUCAGGGGCUGGGCCGAGAAGAUUCCGGGCUUCGCUGACCUGCCCAAAGCCGACCAGGACCUGCUUUUUGAAUCCGCUUUCUUAGAACUGUUUGUGCUGCGAUUAGCAUACAGGUCCAACCCAGUGGAGGGUAAACUCAUCUUUUGCAAUGGGGUGGUCUUGCACAGGUUGCAAUGUGUUCGUGGCUUUGGGGAAUGGAUUGAUUCCAUUGUUGAAUUCUCCUCCAACUUGCAGAAUAUGAACAUCGACAUUUCUGCCUUCUCCUGCAUUGCUGCCCUGGCUAUGGUCACAGAGAGACACGGGCUCAAGGAACCCAAGAGAGUGGAAGAACUGCAAAACAAGAUUGUAAAUUGUCUCAAAGACCACGUGACUUUCAAUAAUGGGGGGUUGAACCGCCCCAACUAUUUGUCCAAACUGUUGGGGAAGCUCCCAGAACUCCGUACCCUUUGUACACAGGGGCUACAGCGCAUUUUCUACCUGAAACUGGAAGACUUGGUACCACCACCAGCAAUAAUUGACAAACUUUUUCUGGACACUUUACCUUUCUAGACCCACUCCCAUGCACUUCAAAGGAACUGGAGAAAACCUAAAACUGUCCAGAGGGGGCAAGUUACAAGGGCAGAAUUAUCCCCUGAGCUGUCUCAGCUCUUGCCAGCCCCCACCCCUUCCAUUAAACCCCCGGCCCCUUAAUCCCUAAAGGAAAACAAAAAACAAAAACAAAAACUGUUGCUAUUUCCUAACCUGCAGGCAGAACCUGAAAGGGCAUUUUGGCUCGGGGCAUCCUGGAUUUAGAACAUGGACUACACACAAAACAGUGGUAUAAACUUUUUAUUAUCAGUUUAAAAAGCAGUUUAAUGUUCAGAAGAAAGAUUCCUAAUGUAUGAUGGAAAAUGUUUGGCCACAUUUGGUUGUUGCAGUUAAGACAAAUGUAAUACACACACAUACACACACACCAUAAGGGGACCCACAAGUAUUGCCCUUUAAAAGACUUUAGAGUUUUCUGCUGUAAAGAAAGCUGUAAUAUAUAGUAAAACUAAAUGUUGCGUGGGUGGCAUGAUUUGAAGAAGGCAAAGGCUUGUAAAUUUACCCAAAUGCAGUUUGGCUUUUUAAAUUAUUUUGUGCCUAUUUAUGAAUACAUAUUACAAAUUCUAAAAGUUAAGUGUGUUUGCAAAAAAAAAAAAAUAACUACACAAAAAAGGGACCAGCAUGUUGAUUCUAGGUUGAAAAUGUUAUAGGCACUUGCUACUUCAGUAAUGUCUAUAUUAUAUAAAUAGUAUUUCAGACACUAUGUAGUCUGUUAGAUUUUAUAAAGAUUGGUAGUUAUCUGAGCUUAAACAUUUUCUCAAAUGUAAAAUAGGUGGGCACAAGUAUUACACAUCUGAAAAUCCUGACAAAGGGGACACAUAGUGUUUGUAACACCGUCCAACAUUCCUUGUUUGUAAGUGUUGUAUGUACCGUUGAUGUUGAUAAAAGAAAGUUUAUAUCUUGAUUAUUUUGUUGUCUAAAGCUAAACAAAACUUGCAUGCAGCAGCUUUUGACUGUUUCCAGAGUGCUUAUAAUAUACAUAACUCCCUGGAAAUUACUGAGCACUUUGAAAUUUUUUGUUUUUUUUUUAAAUGUCUAAAAUUGUCAGUUAAUAUAUUAUUUUAUGUUUGAGUAAGAAUUUUAAUAUUGCCAUAUUCUGUAGUAUUUUUCUUUGUAUAUUUCCAGUAUGGCACAUGAUAUGAGUCACUGCCUUUUUUUCUAUGGUGUAUGACAGU